AUGAGCGUCAUAUCUUUCAAGUCGUUGGCGGCGGUGGUUGGGUUGGGUCUUUUGACCCCCGUCGCCAGCCAAGGCCAAUGCGCCAAUGUCUCAUCCACCGACACCUACGACUACAUCAUCAUCGGCUCCGGCGCCGGCGGCAUCCCCAUGGCCGACCGGCUCAGCGAAGCCGGCCACAAAGUCCUCCUCAUCGAAAAAGGGCCCCCCUCCACCGGCCACUGGGGCGGAACCAUGAAACCGGAGUGGCUCGCCAACCUCACUGCCCCGGCUAAUCCAGAUGACCCUCCUAUCGAAGACCCGCCCACUGAAGACCCUCCCCCUGACCAAGGCACCAACACCGCCACCAAGAUGAAAAAAAGAGCAGACGACAUCCCCCACACCCCCAACACCAACCUCACCCGCUUCGACGUCCCCGGCCUCUGCAACCAGAUCUGGGCCGACCCCACUGGCGCCAUCUGCACCGACGUCGACCAAAUGGCCGGCUGCAUGCUCGGCGGUGGCACCGCGGUCAACGCCGGGCUGUGGUGGAAACCACACCCUGAUGACUGGGAUACGAACUUUAACUUUGUUCCCGCCGAUGGUAGUGAUGAUGGCGGGUGGAACAACGCCGCGCUAGUCGGGGCAACGGAGCGGGUGUUUUCGCGCAUUCCGGGGACCGUAGCGCCUUCGAUGGACGGGGAGCGGUAUCUAGCGCAGGGUUUUGAUAUGCUCAGCGGGAGUUUGGUUGGUGCUGGGUGGGAGAGGUUGGAGGUGCCGAACGAGGAACCGGGAAAGAAGAAUAGGACCGUGGGGCCGAGUACGUUUAUGUAUGCGGGGGGGGAGAGGAGUGGGCCGUUGGCGACGUAUUUGGUUUCGGCUGUGGGACGGACUCCUGGUGGUGGUGAUGGGCAGGAUGGGGGAGGUGGGAGUUUGACGUUGUGGAUGAAUACGACUGUGAAGAGGGUGGUCAGGGAGUGGGGGCAUGCGACGGGGGUGGAGGUCGAGUGUAGUGGGAAGGGGGGGUUUGGGAGGAAUGGGACGGUGGCGUUGACGCCGGGGACUGGGAGGGUGGUGGUUUCGGCGGGGGCGUUUGGGACGGCUAAGUUGUUGUUUAGGAGCGGCAUUGGUCCGACGGACCAACUCAAGGUCGUCCAGAACUCGACCGACGGCCCGACGAUGAUCUCCUCGGACCAGUGGAUCGACUUGCCCGUGGGAUACAACCUGAACGACCACGUGGGGACCGACGUGGAAAUCGCGCACCCCGAUGUCGUGUUCUACGAUUACUACGGUGCCUGGGAUGAGCCCAUUGUCGAGGACACGGAAACAUAUCUGGCAAACAGGACCGGCCCAUUAGCACAGGCUGCCCCCAACAUCGGACCGAUUUUCUGGGAAAUCAUCACGGGAAGCGACGGCACCAACCGCCAUCUCCAAUGGCAAGCCCGUGUCGAAGGCACACUAAACACCUCAAUGACCAUAACCCAGUACCUCGGCACGGGCACCAAAUCCCGCGGCCGCAUGACCAUCAGCAAGCAGCUCAACACCAUGGUGUCCACGCCCCCUUACCUGCGCGACGAACACGACCGUGAGGCCGUCAUCCAGGGUAUCACCAACCUGCGUGAGGCGCUCAAGGAUGUGGCUAACCUGACGUGGAUUACCCCGCCGUCGAAUAUGACGGUGGAGGAUUUUGUUGAUUCGAUCCCCGCGACCCCCUCCAGGCGGUGUUCCAACCACUGGAUAGGGACCGCCAAGAUGGGUCUCGACGACGGGCGCGCAGUCGACGGGACGGCGGUGGUGGACCUCAACACCAAGGUUUAUGGGACCGACAACAUCUUUGUAGUCGAUGCGUCGAUCUUCCCGGGCCAUAUCACGGGCAACCCGUCUGCGAUGAUUGUUAUUGCGGCGGAACAUGCGGCGGAAAGGAUAUUGGCGUUGUCUGUUGAGGAUGCGAGGGAGGGGGUGGAUGAGGGACCGGGGGAUGCUUAG